AUGCACCCGAAGGCGCAGGACUUGGAGAUGAUGCAGGUGUCUUCGCUCGUGGACUCGCUGUACUUCAUGGGGAAGUCCAACGAGCCCAUGGACUCGUGGAUCCGGUUGGUGCGCUACCUGGCGAAGAAGAAAGUGCCCGGGUUUCCCGCGCAGGGCUACGACACGUACUACAACACGGAGGCGUUGGCUGCCAAGGCCGCGGCGGAGCAGAUACCAACGUUCAACAUGGUGGACGAUGUCAUCCGCGCCGUCGCAGAGUACCUCGGGCGAUCGUCACCGUGGCAUCAGCGCUUCAUGGAGCUGCAGGAGGUGUUCACCUCCACCAACCUCGAGGUCCAAGGCAUACAUGACGUGCGGUGGCUUUCACGAGGAGCUGCAGUCACCCGGUUCGUCCACGUCCUUCCAGCGAUCAUGGUGAUGCUGUCGGAGUGGAAGGACCAGACCAUGUACGAAAUCGUCACGUCGUACAGGUUCCAGUUCCUCAUCAGGUUCCUCGCGGACCUACUGGAGCAGCUCAACGUGCUCUCCUCCGUUUUCCAGAAGCGGGAGGUAACUCGACUACGCGGAGGUGCACACGCAGAUUGUGCACACGACAUCGAUCUUGGAGAGCCGUUACGUCGACUGUGGUGA